AUGAAUAAUUGGCUAGCAAUUAUAUCUGACCUUUGCGAAAACACUUUGGAGAUUAUCAAAGCAAUAUUAAAUGAAUUUAAUCCUUUUGUUAUUAAUUUUCGAUCAAUAGCUGCUAAUAACAACAUCGAUAACCUUUGUCUUAUUAUUAAAGCUAACCAUGGUCUUGAUCAGCGCACGUAUAAUAUACCAACUGCUUCACAAGUUGCAGCUAUUUGGGUAGAAAGCUAUUAUCCAGUGGGCUUUGUAAAACAAGACAUUAUAGGAAAUUAUAGUUGGCACCCUGGAAUACUACAACAUAUGUCACAAAAAAAAAUAGAAACUGAACAUCUUAAUUACCUACGCUUUAAUCAAGAUAAACUCCGUAAAGAACUUUAUCAAGGCUUACACAAUUCUUACCAAUCUGGAAUAACAAAUGCCACUAAUGUAGGAACUUGA